AUGUCCAGACAGUUCAAAGUGGAGAUGAAGAAAAGAUUUAGUAUGAGUGAUCUCGGGCUUCUCAGCUAUUAUCUUGGGAUAGAGGUGAAGCAAGGUAGAGAUGGAAUCACCCUGAGUCAAAAUGCUUAUGCUAUGAAAAUUUUAGAAUCUGCUGGUAUGAUGAAGUGUAACCCAUGUGGUACACCAAUGGAAGCAAGGCUCAAGUUAAGCAAGAAGUGUGAGGAUGAGGUGAUAGAACCUACUGCAUAUAGGAGUGUGAUUGGAAGUCUCAGGUAUUUGGUCAACACCAGGCCAGAUAUAGCUUUUGCUGUUGGGGUUGUCAGUAGAUUUAUGGAGGCUCCAACAAAGGAUCAUUGGGUUGCUGUGAAGCAUAUCCUCAGGUAUUUGAAGGGCACAAUUGGUUAUGGAUGCAAGUAUGGGCGAGACACUGAACUGAAACCUUUCUUACUCGGGUUUAGUGACAGUGAUUUUGCUGGGGAUUCAGAAGAUAGGAAGAGUACCACAGGUGUGGCGUAUUUUCUUGGGAAGAAUCUGGUGACUUGGGCAUCUCAGAAACAAAAGAUUGUGGCACUUUCGUCCUGUGAGGCAGAAUAUGUGGCAGGGGCAACAGCUGCUUGUCAAGGGAUUUGGCUCAGUCGGCUUGUAGGUGAACUGAUGGGAAUAGGAGAGACGCCGGUGAAGCUCCUAAUGGAUAACAUGUCUGCUAUUGCACUAAGCAAGAAUCCUGUGCAUCACGACAGAAGCAAGCAUAUUGAUACAAAGUAUCACUUCUUGCUUGAGUGCAUUGAGGAAGGAAAGGUGGAGGUGGAUCAUGUAGGCACUGCAAACCAGUUGGCCGACAUCUUCACGAAGUCGCUUGGGCGAGUCAGAUUUGUUGAGUUAAGGAGAGCGUUGGGCGUCGUCGACGUGCAACAAGUUUAG